CGAAAUUAAUAGCAUAUUUGUCCCCUGCGUUUAUUUUGUGCGCUUUCCAAAAAGGAUCUUAAAAAACGAACAGUGCAUCAUUAAAAAGAAAACAAUUUAAAAAAAAAUAAAUUUUUUUAUACUAUAUUGGAAUUAGCGGAAAACAUGGAUAAUGUACGAGAUUGGAAAAAUAUAUUAUUGCAGUGGAUUUCGGAAUGUGGGUUUAUCGAACUUAACGUCUUCAAUUUAGAACAAACCGACAUUGACGCGUUCUAUAUUAACGUUAGGGAGAAGCAUCAUAAAAUUGCCUCAAGCAAUCACUUAAACCUAUUAGACUUUCUACAACAAUUUUAUCCUGAAUUUGAAGCGCAUUGUGACGAUGAUAACAUUUUAAGCUCUGCAGACUAUAUUUAUGUGUAUACGUUAUUGUUGCAUUUCUCAUGCGUAAAAUAUCCGCAAAAAUUUUUUCAUAAUAUCUGUCAAAAAUUGCCAAUGAGCUCACAACAAAUCAUGGGUUUGCUUUUUAUCACACUGUUGGAUUUGGAAAAAUUAAAUAAGGACAAUUUACGCCACGUAAUUGCCAAGGCCAUGAUCAAGACACCAUCGAUCAGCAGAAGUAACAGUGACCCCGUGAUCACUAAUAAUGAAACCGAUAGUCCGAUGAGAAACAUUGGUUCCCGACGCAACUCACCACUUACACCGGGAACCAAUCUUCUGGAGGAACAGACACGUGAAUUAUUUGAUUUAAGAGCCCAACUGGAAACUGAACGUUAUGAAAAAGAUCUUUUAGAAAUUCAGAUUAAACAAAACGAAAAUAAAAUUCUCAGACUGAAUGAAGAUCAUAAAAACCUGAUACAAGAAAUAAAAGAAUUGAAAAUUGAUGUCCAUAAAAAAAGCACUGAGAAUGAAUUAUCGGUCAUUUAUGAAGGCAACGAGGACGAACAGGCCUAUAAGCGUUUUAUUAAAGAAAUAUCGCAAAAAGAUGAUGAAAUUAUGAAGUUAAGUGAGACAGUACGAGCCGCACAAGACGAUAAAAUUCUUGCGAAAGAAAAGUUUAGCUACAUUGAAAAACAAAUAGAAGUUUACUGUAAACGCAUUGAACUUUUCGAACAUAAAAUGACCGAUCUUAAUGAAGAGCUUGAGAAAAGAGAUAAGACGAUUAAGUACCUUACCGACGUCAAAGUGGAAUUGGAAGAAUACAUUACCGAGACACGUUUAGCGGGGUUAAAUGCUUCUAUUGAAUCUAUUUCAUCAAUUUCAUGCAUUUCUGAAGUUUCUAGUGAGCUCACGCUCAUACCUAGCGAAUCGGAAAAUUUGGCCGUUUCUGUUAUCGACAAACAAUUGCGUGAAAAAGAACAAGAAAAUAUUCGAAUCCGCGACGAACUAAAUACAUUGAAUGACAAUAAUAAAUUAUUGUGCGAACGUAUACAAGAGCUAAUGAAAUUGGAAAUGAGUGAAUUCCAACUAACAUUCAAUGAAUCUGUUUCUGAAAUGGAUAUAUCGACGAACUGUGAUCCCUAUGCUCAAUUUAAUGUGUUCGCUAAAUGCAUGGAGAAAAUUAAUGACCACCAUUAUGUUGAGAAGAACAUGAUCACAAAACUUGCACAUGAAAUUGAAGAAUUGCUAAAGAAGAAUUUGAAAUUGGAUUCAAUGCGCGAGAGUACAACCUUACUACAGAACAAUCUAAACACCAUGGAACGUAACAAUAAAGAUUUGGAGGAAACAAAAGAACGUUUACAAAGCAUGUUAUGUAAUAAUGAGUUAGAGCUCAAGGAUUUGAAAAAGCAAUUGGAAGUUGAAAAAUGCGGCAAAGAAAAUUCGAACGAAGAAGUAAAUGCUUUAAAAGUAAAAUUGCAUCAGAUGGAAAAAACAAAUGCGGAAUUAACGAGCAGUAACGUUCAGUUGGAAGCGCAAAUAAUGGACAUGCAAAAUCAAUUACAAGCUAUGCAAAAAAAAUGGAUAAUGCAGACCAAUCGUUUAGAAGAACAAAUUAAGCUAUACGACGAUCAUAGCAAAGAGUUGCAAUUAUUUCAGGAUGAAAACCUGUCUUUAAAAAAUGACUGCGAACAGGCAUUAAUACGUAACGAGAAUUUAAAAGACAAUUGCCGUGAAACAAUACGCAAUGAAAUCAUAUCGGAAUUUGGUAUGGAAGUAACCAAUUUGAAAAAGAAGAAUGCCUAUUUAGAGUCACGUAUCGAUAUUUUAAUGAAAGAACAUAAGGAAGAGAAGCAACAAUUCCAGAAGGACGAAACUGUAGGACGGGAACGCAUUAUAGAAUUGGAUAAUGAAAUUUUUAGAAUGAAUGAGGAACUCACCCACUUUCAUAUCCUUUUCGAAAGUAGCGAUUUGGAAGUUAAUCAUUUGAAUGAAACUUUGGGACAAAUGGAACGAGGAAUUAUUGCAUUAAUCAAAUUAUGCUCUGGUAACUGUACGAUAAAUAACUCGGCCAAUAUUUUGAAGGAACUGGAAUAUCAUAUUAAAUUACUAACACACCAGAAUACUGUAGCGGUAGAUAGAUUAGAAACAUUGGAGAUCACUCAACAGGAAAGUAAUACAAAUUUCAAUGAUUUGCUGAAACAAGCUCAAGAACAAGAACGUAUACUUAAUCAGCGUUGCAUUAAUACCACUGAAGACUUACUCAAUUUAAAAGAGCAAAACAAUGAAUACGAAGAGAAAAUUGAAAAAUUAAAGGAUAAACAAAAUCAAUUCAUUGAGCAAAUUAAGAGUGAUUUGAUGAAAAAAGAAUGCGAAUUACGUCAACAGUUGAAGGAUGCGAAACUGGAAUAUGAACAAUCUCUGAACGAUUUAAAUAGGGAAUUGAAAAUGGAAAAGGAACGCAAUAAUAACAAGGAAAAAGAGUUAUUGUUAUUGAAAGCCGAACAUGAUGAACUGAAAAGUAGGUUAAACGAGGCCGAAAAAGAGAUGCACACAUUGCACAAGUUCAACUGCGCAACCAACAUUAAUUAUGAACGCUUGCACGCUUUCGAGGUACGCGUCAUGGAAUUCUCCGAUGACAAUGAUAGAUUUAAACGAGAAAUUCAAACUCUUAAACAGGAAUUGUCUAAGACGGCACAAUAUAUAAUAGAUGGCGAUCAAAUUAUAUGCAAACUAAAGAAAGAAGUUAAAAAUUGCGAUAGCUUGAAAAAGCAAGUCAACGAUUUGCAAGGCUCUUUAAGUCAAAGUAUUGAGGCGAAGGAAAUGCUCAAGCAUGAAUUAGAAAAAAAAGAUAAACAAAUUGUAGAACUACGGGAAAGUUUGAAUGAGCAAAGUCAGACCCUUAAUACUUUUAAUGAUACACUAAUUGAAAUGACCAAAGAAAAAGAGCGAUUAUUAAAAGAAUCAAACGCCUUUGCAUCGCGAAUACAGCGAGAACAAGAAGAAAAGAGUCUUUUGUUAUCAUCUCUAGAGAAGUCGACAAAUCGAAUGCGAAGUGAAAUUCAAAGGGAAGAGAGCAACAGUGAAAAUUUGAGAAGGCAUAACAAUGAAAUCAAAUUGCAACUAGAAUCGCUACAACAACAAAAUGAGAAGCUUCAGAAUGAGUUAUCUGAACGCAAAGCCGAUUUUAAAGCGCUGCUUGAAGAGCAAGAACAAAUUAAAGAGGAUUUCCAAGAGAAACGUACAACAUUGAUGAAUAGAUUGGCGGAAAGUUGUGACGAAUUGGCCAACUAUCAUAUGUCGUUUGCGGAACUCGUGGUAACAAUAGAGAACAAUGUCAAUCUGAGCAUCCAAAUGAAUGAAUUUAGAAAUAUUUUCAAUCCUUGCGACGGCUCCGCAGACAGUAACAGUAUUAAUCAGUUACGUCAAUGGAUUAAUCGUUUGUUUCACAUUGAAAAUCUACAGCAAAGCAGAAUAGAACAACUAUUGGAGAAUGAAAAGCAAAACUUAAAUACAAACGAGGAAUUAAUUAAAGAAAAUCACGAAUUGAAAUUCAAAAUCGAGCAAAAUCAAAAAGAGAUUGAUGACGUGCAUAAAGAAAUGGAGAAUACAUACUCAAUGAUGCAAAAGCGGAUUACAAAUGAAGUCAAAAAAAUGGAAGAGGAUAUAUUAAAUCUAGUAAUAAUGAACGAGCAUAUAACCGACGAGAAAGCAGCGCUGCAAAGUCAUAUUAAUCAGCAGGCGGAAGCAUGCCAGAGCGCAAAUAUGAAACUUGACGAGGUCACGGCAUAUAAUCAAGAGUUAACGCUACAGUUGGAGAAAAUGAAGGAGGAAAUGGAGAAAUUGCAAGUGAACUAUGUGCCUGAACAGCAAUACAACAAUUUGGAAAUGGAAUAUAAGAACUUACAGGAAAAAUGCAAAAAUCAGCAAACACAUUUGCAUACACUAGAGGCCGAAUUAUCUAAUAAGAGUAAAAAAAUAUCGAAUUUUGAAACGACUAUAUUUGACAUGGGGAUCUUGUGCAAAGAUUUGGAGAAGAAAAUUGCUUUUACCACUAAAAAACUGGAUGAAACGGACAACGAUAAAUUGAAUGCCCAAUUGAAAUGCGAACAAUUCCGUUCGGAGUGCGAACGAUAUGAAAAAGAUAUUGAACAUCUUAAGUUGCAACAAGAAAAUAUCACAAAUGAGAAUAAUCGUGUAUGCAGUAAUAUCUCCGCCGAAAAAGACAUAUUAAGAAAUGAAAUUGAAGAGCAUAAAGCGAAUUUAUUGCGGGCAAAUGAAAGGGCCUCGCAAAAAAUUGCAUCGAUAAGCAUGGAAAAAGAGAGCGCUUGCGAAGAAAAUCUAUCGCUGCGCAAGCAAUUGGUAGAGAUGAGCAAACAUCAAACUAAUACGGAAAUGAAAUUAAGCUCUUUAAUUGAACGCAGUCAAUCCUGGGAGCAACAUUUUCACGCCAGCGAAACUGAGCUAGGAAGUAUGAAAAAAUAUUUAGAAAAGUCCAAGGCAAAUAUCGAAAGAUUAAAGAAUGAAAAUAAAAAGCUUCGCGAAUCGCAACAGGUAACGUUAAGACGGGCUGAGAAGACGGCCCUGAAACUGGGCGAUGCUCAGGCACGCGCUCUUAAACUCGAAAGAGAGAGCGAAACGUGGGUCGAGAGAUUUCGAGGUUGUCGAAAGGAGAAAGAUAUGAUGGAUGUUAAACUUGUACAAUUCAAACUGCGUGUCGCAGAAGUCGAAAAAAGCCACGAACAGCUGCUUGCUAAAAUAGAAAAUCUUGAGCGUUUAAAUCAAACGUUACAGGAUGCUAGACAAAAAUUAGAAGCUUGCGAAAUAGAUGAUAAAGCCAAGAUAAACAAGCUUGAAAAAGUACGUGAAACGAAGGAAGCUAAAAUACGACAACUCACCGCUGCACUGAAUAGUGGCGAACAAGCGAAUGUCAAACUUAAUUUGGAAAUCGGUGCCUUAAACUCGCAAUUGCAAGAGCUUAAGUUAGAUCUUUCUGCGAAUUAUAACGCGCAAAUUGAGGAAAUGAAGCUGCGUCUGGCUUCGGCCCAAGAGCAGGCCCAGAAAUAUGCAGAAGUCAAUCAAAAUUCGAUCAUUCAAAUUAACGAACUUGAAGGUCAAAACGCGAAAACUAACGAAGAAUUGUCAAAAGUCUCAUUGGCAAUGCGCAUCAGCGAGGAACGUUACGCUGCAUUGUCCGGCGAAAUGGAAGAAAUGCGAGCUAAUAUGCUGGCGUUGCGAAAUGAUAGGACGAACGCAGAACAAGAACAGGAAAUUUUAAAGCAAAGUUUAAAGGAGAUGCAUGUGGAAAACCAGGAAUUAAUCUGUGAACGUGACAGUUUCGCCGAAGGUUUGCAAAAAUUCUCUGCUCUAAUGGGUGAGAAAAUGAAGCAAAAAACCAAUAAAAUAGAAAAUCUGGAAUGUGAGAUAAAAGAAUUGAGAGAAAAAGCAGAAAUGCAAAAUUUGGAAUUAAUAGAAGGGAGAAAGAUUGCAGCGAAAAAUGUAAUCGAAUUGGCUGAGUUGCGUACCCACCUCGCCAAAAUGGAAGAGACACUCAAAAGUGAGCAACAAUCAAAUGAACGAUUGCGUUCCGACAACCAACUGCUGGACAGUCAGUAUCAAGAAGUGAAAAAGCACGCUGCUGAAGUGGAAGCCAACAAUGAAGAACUUAUUAAAAAGAAUAUUUUAGAAUUGGAGAAUCUUGAGCAUGCUGUAAACAUUCUCAAUGUGAACAUUUUGGCAAGCGCAUUGGCUUCGCCUAAGCGCGUCAAGCAGUAG